CAUCAGCCCUUUUUGCAUACUUUGAUGCGCAUCACUGGUCAGACACGCUGGUUCCAUGAGUUUGUAAAGUCUCUCUAUUUGUUUUACUAUCUGUGAUGGCUGUUUCUGAUAAGCCUUUACUUGGACAAGUCGCCAUAGUAACAGGUGCUUCUAGUGGUAUUGGAGCUGCAAUUGCAACCCAUCUUGCCAGUGCAGGAGCGUCAGUUGCUAUAGCAGCGCGCAGAGAGGAGAAGCUAAAUCAACUAAGGGAUGAGAUUGAGGCGAACAAUGGUACUGUGUUUGUGAUGAAAACAGACGUUGCAAAAAGAGAAGAUGUAAAGCGCUUGGUUGCUGAAACAGAGAAGCAAUUAGGACCAGUUGACAUAUUGGUGAACAAUGCCGGAAUAAUGUAUUACACAUACAUGAGAAGUAUACAAGAAGAUCAGUGGGAGAGGACUAUUGACAUCAAUUGCAAGGGUGUGAUGAAUGGAAUUGGUGCAGUACUCAACGGAAUGUUAGAAAGAAAAAAAGGACAUAUUGUGAACAUGUCAUCAAAUGCAGGCCGAGCGUCUUUUCCUGGACUUGCGGUCUAUACUGGGACCAAAUAUUUUGUAGAAGGAGUUUCAUCAUCAUUAAGAAAAGAGAUAGCAGGAACUGGAGUUAAGAUAACUUGCAUCCAACCAGGUGACGUUACCACAGAACUCAUUGCUCACACAACAGACCAAGAGGCUAAAGCAGAAUACGCCGAUGGCAGUGGAGAGAAAGUGUUAGAUCCUAGUGAUGUUGCGAGAGCCGUAGUGUAUGCCGUCAGUCAACCUUCACAUGUCGCUGUUAAUGAAAUUUUGAUUGAACCGAGACACGCUCCGGCAGUGUAACUCGAAUAUGUAUUAUACAGGGAAUGAAAAUUGUAAUUGUACAACUUCGAAAAAUAGUGGUAUUGUAAAAUACCCUUGCAAUAAUUUUGGUUGUGUGUAACUUAUGUGUUACAUAGAAAAUAUUGUGUAUACCGUAAUUGAAUUUUUUAUAUGUUACAUAGACUAUGGUUGUGUGUGUAACUUGAGUGAAUAUAGCACAUGUGCAUUUAUUUAUUUUAGUUUUCUGUCGCAGUCCCACAUGUCCACAUCAUAUGAUACUGCAUAGAGUAAACACCCCCCCGCCCCCCGUUUUGGACACUUUUCUGCCACAUAUCAAGGAUAUCUUUUAACCUGAUAAUCAGUGACUCCUCAAUUAAGAGGACAUUUUUUUGGUCCCGAAAGUGUUACCUUUAAUAAGGGUUAUAUUAUCGUAUAUGUAGGUAACUUGUUGACAAUGUUUAAAAACCUGAAUGUCCUGAUAUGGUUGUAUUCUCAUUUAUAUUGUUGGUCACAUGACCAAUACAAAAUAUUGUGUGUUCAAAUAUGAUAUGAAGGCACAUACAUACAUACUGUAAAUAAAAGGUAUGUGGAUUGAUAAAGCAGGCCUAUGAUGUGGACUAGUAAUGAUGUAAAUCACUGUUCAGGGUGGGGGAUUGCCCCCACCCGCUAAAUUUUUCAACAUUAUUUACAAAAUGAAGAAAAAAAGGAAAAUUAUAUUUAAAUUUAUUUAUUUUAUUUAGUUCUUUUAUUAUAUAUUUAUUUAUUUUUUCAUUUAUUUAAAAAUAAUUAAUUUCCGGCCAUCUAGUGUGCCAUAAUCAUACAUUUUUCCUGGGCCCCUCUCUGUUUUGAAUACCUGGAUCUGCCACUCUGCAGAUGAGUUAUUUAUUCCCCUGAUUUUAUUUAUCUUAUUAGUUAGGAUGAAUCAUCUUGUUAAAAACAGGAUUUCUUUUUAAUGUUAUUUAUUAUUCAUGAAUGUAUUACCUUCAUGGACUUUAUACAUUAAAUAUGUAUACAGUUGUGUUAUAUAGUGUAUAUUAUAUAUACACUAUAUAACAUAUAUAUAUAUAUAUAUAUAUAUAUAUCAUCAAAGA